AUGGCGCCUCAUCAGCAAGCACGACCUGGAAGGGUCAUUGCUGUGAUUGCUGUAGUUGCCGCGAUGACAGCUGGUCAGAUGAUCCAAGCUUUCCUUGUGAAUCCUGGCCGGAGGGCAGACUCGGACGGUGGCGUUGAUCGACGAACUGCCUUGAUGCUAGCUGUCGGCUGGCCCUCAGCAGCUCAAGCUGCUGCCAGUGCUCCUUCCAAGUGGGCAGGACGCUGGGAUGAUCCGGAUGCUCCAGGCUGCAGGCGGGAGAUAAUCAUGAACUUCGACGGCACAAAGGGGCGGCUGGUUGGUGCGGAGUCCACAGGCAUGAACCCAGGCUUGUCCGCAGCUGAGAUGGCCCGUGAAAAAAGGGUCUUGGACACAAAAAAAGGGUGUGCCCGCGGUGAUGCACUCAAGUUCUGGGAAGCCAAGCUUUCUUCUGCGGGCAAGGACUCCAACGAACUGACGAUUGACUUGUCAAAGACGGGUAUCCCUGGUGCUAAGCAGGUCAUUGCAAAGUGGGAUGGAAAUGGAAUUGUCUUUCCAGAUGGCUCCAGGUGGACCCGUGGAGGCAGCGUUGCAGGUGGUAGAGGAAGCUGA